UGUCAUGGAGACGCGUCAUUCCCGCUUCCAUGGUAACCGCCGUGUUUGGCUGGCAGUAGCUGAGCAGUGGAGAGGUAGCCCUGGUGCAGGAGGCAGGAAAGGAACAGCGCCCCGAACCGUCAGGACGGGAUCACCAGAUUUAACAUAACAGCAGACAAUGGCCAGACUUGUCCAACUUCCACCAAAGUUUCUCCCAAAGGAGUGGAGCCUUGCCAACCAGACCCAGUAUGCCAGUGCGGAGGUUCAGAGGUCGAGAUCUGAAAGGCUAGUGGCUGAAAGUCAGAGGUUAGCUGAUGAGAUUGAAAAGACAACCCAAAAAACGCAAAAGGAUGUCAACAAGAAGUUAGAGCAGAGACUGGAUGAGAUCCAGUUUUGGAAGAAAGAGUUGGACAACAAGCUUGAAGACACAGUUACUGAUAUAGAACAGUUGCUGGCGUAUAAGACCCGUCUGGAAAAAGCACUGGAGAGCUGCCUAGAGCCACUGUCCAUAGCACAACAGUGUUUAGUAGAAAGAGAGAAAAGAGUCGGUAUAGAUCUGGUUCACGAUGAAGUGGAACGGGAGCUUAUCAAAGAAGUGGAAGUGAUCCAGGGAGUGGUGGCUCUGCUGCAGAGGACAUUGGAGCAGAUUACUGAACAGAUCAGGUUGAGCCGCUCAGCUAAAUAUGCGCUGGAGAAGGAUCUAAAAGACAAGUUUGAAGCCCUGAAAUUGGACAAUCACUGCAGCACAUUAACCAACAACACCCCGGACAUUGCAUACGCAGCCAGUGUGGUGACAGUUCAGGCAAACUCAGUAACACCUAAAGAGUGGGAAGAUUUCAGUAACGCGAACAUAGAAAAAGCAGAAAAGCAAAGGAACAAUGCUGUGGCCCUGCGGACUUUGAUUGACAGCAUCUUAUCCGAAACAGCCUUCGACAUGCGCAAGCAGUGUGAUACAGUGAAUUUUGCCUUGAAAAAAGGUGUAGCAGAGACAAAGGAGGCAAAAAAUAAGUUAGAAGUUCACUUGGCUAAGGUUAUGGAUGAGAUUAGUUCCCAGGAAAAGAAUAUAGAGGGUCUUAAGAAAGCCAUUGCACAUAAAGAAGGACCAAUGAAAGUGGCUCAGUCACGUCUAGAAACCAGAACGAUGAGACCCAAUGUUGAGCUGUGUCAUGACCCCGUACAAUACAGACUUCUCUGUGAAGUCCAGGAGAUUACUACAAAUGUCGAAAGACUGCGGGAGACUCUGAGCCAAGCAGAAGCUGAGCUGAAAGGUUUGAUCCGCAACCAAUUGUCUCUAGAAGAGGAGAUCCAAGUGAAGGAAAAUACUCUGUACAUUGAUGAAGUGAUUUGUAUGCAGAUGAGAGAAGCUAUAUCAAUUAACAACUUCUGAAGAGCAGGUUUAUUAAGAAGUGUGACUUUGAAACAGUUCACAACACAGUGGUUACACUUAUAUGUUCAAAAUGUAUUCUUAAUAUCCUAAAACAUGAGAAAAUAUAAAAAGGAUUUUACUUU